AUGAGUUCUACCGAGAUUGGCCAGCGUCGUUCUUUUGAUGGCCAACUAUGUACGAUCCGUUACGUAGGUGGUGUUCAGGGCACCGCGGGCGACUGGCUGGGUGUUGAAUGGGACGAUCCAACUCGUGGCAAGCAUGCAGGCGAGCAUAAAGGAGUGCGCUAUUUUACAUGCAAAAGUAAUCGCCCCACGGCGGGGUCUUUCGUCCGCCCCUCCAGGCCAUCAGAGCCACCAAGGAGCUUCCUAGAGGCGCUGAAUGAGAAAUAUGGCUCCGAAUUUGAACAGCGAGAGGCACAUAACGCCUCAAAUGCCGGAUCUGCUUCAAAGUCAAUUGAGAUCAGCGGUAAAGUCGUCGAAGAAGUCGGCUUUGAUAAGAUUCGAAAGCAGCUAGCAGAGCUGGAGCAGCUGCAAAUUGUCUUACUAGAUGGGCUACGGAUUGCAGGUGUACUGUCUUCGUAUGAGCAGCCUGAAAGCUCCGUUGUCGAGGCUGCUCCUAAGAUUGCCAUAACCUGCCCGAAAAUCAUCGAAUUGGAUCUCAGCCGUAGUCUGUUGACUAAAUGGCGAGAUGUUUGGGAGAUUUGCAACCAGUUGAAACUACUGAGACGACUGAGAGUGAAUGGAAAUCGGUUCCAUCCUUUGGAGGAGAAUUUAACGUUUAACGGCAUCACCGAAUUGCGCCUGGAACAGACCCUUCUCACCUGGGAUGAGAUUGCGGCGGUAGUGUCCAGAUUUCCGGUACUCACCAACCUCACAGCAUCAGACAACCAGCUCACGACGAUAUCAUGUCCACUUGCGAACACCAUCACAAGUCUCAUACUAGAGAACAACGACGUGACAUCAAUAUCAGCCCUUCGCCAUCUAGCAACUCUCCCAAACCUGGGACAUCUCUCCGUGCGCGGGAACAAUGUCAGCACAAUCCUGGAGAGCUCCAACGACGCCCCCGACUUCCACUUCCCAGAAACCGUUUUCUCCCUCGAUCUCUCACGCAACAACAUCACAUCCUGGGAAUUCCUCAAUCACCUCCCAACUCUCUUCCCGGGCCUCACAACUCUACGCAUCUCCUCAAAUCCGCUUUACGACGAGCCCCCACUUCCCCCAUCCAUUGCAGCAGCUACAUCCACCAUCAACGCCUCCAAAGCAAUGACAGUCGACGAAGCCUUCAUGCUAACGCUUUCCCGCUUCCCUCCCACCCUCAGUAUACUCAACUACAGCAAAAUCACCCUACAAGACCGCUCAAAUGCAGAGAUGUACUACCUCUCACUCAUCGGCAAGGAGCUCUCGGCUACCACCGAAGCGGACGAGGAGCGUGUGCUUACGGCGCACCCGCGGUACGCCGAACUUUGUGAGCAAUAUGGCGAACCGAGAAUCACCAGAGCUGUUGAGGCAGAUGGAUCGGGCAACAGAAUUAUUCACCCGCGUUCUGUCGCUGCGCGACUUGUUAAGAUGGCAUUCCAUCUAUCCUCUCCCUCGGCGGUGGACCUCGAUACCGCACAAAUUCCUGUCAAGGAGGUUCCGCACUCGUUCAACACAUAUCAAUUAAAGGCUCUCGUGUCCCGACUGUUUGAUCUUGCUCCGGCUGGAUUCAAAUUGGUCUGGGAGACGGAUGAGUGGGAUCCUAUUGCAAAGGCAACGGUCGAUGAAGAGGAUUGGGCGGAAGAUAGCGAUGAUGAAUCGUCUCAGCAGCCUCAUGUUGAGUCUUCGGAGGGUUCUAGUCGGUUUGUGCGGAGAGAAGUUGAGCUCGUUGAUUCGACAAGGGAUAUCGGAUUUUUGUUUCAGGGCGAGACGGGUGAGAUGAAGAUUAGGGUAGAGGUACCUUGA